CGGACCGCCGAGAGUGGAGCCUCCGCGCUCGAACUACACCUUCGCUGGGGCGCCCUUCCCCCCUAGAGCGGAGGUCGCUACGCCACCGGUAAUCGGCAGCGAGCGCCUCCGCCUCCAGGUCCCAGGGUGGCGCCCCGGCGAGCAAGCACGCCGCCUCGAAGGAGACGGUGCGGUAUCCUCGGAUCGCCCUGACCGCGAUCGCGCGCUGCGGACGUCGCAGCGCGGCGACGUUCUGGCGGGUCAGGGCGAACCUAUUGUACCUGUGUACAAUUUUUUUUUCCUACCUAAGCUGAGAGGCUAUAUCAGCGUAACCUUAACUAGUAAGUGAGCUCGCGGGACUCAAACCUGACGAUGUUGCUAACACUAACCCUAGCAAGGGCAGUGCUUCGCAGAAUCUACCACCGGAUCGGAAACGCGACCCACUGAGAAGAUCCGGCGAGAAACUUAGUGGGCUGUGUCUGAGGGUUAAUUUACUCGUCGAGCCCUUCGUCGCAAGCGACGGGUUCGACGAGAACGAUGACCGGUGCUUGAGGUACCUAAAAGCACCGUUAGUGGAUCGGGAGGAUCAGUAAUGACGCGUGUGUACAAGGGCAAUAAAAUAUUUAUAUAUAUAUACGAAAAAUACAUGUUCUACAACUAGAUCACUUAUUGACUCGUGCAUAUCAUUAGAAAAACCUUGGAAAUAAUCAUUUUGUUAGAUAAGAAGUAUAAAAUUUGCUUCCGUCGCGAACUAUGAGUUAGAUAUUAGAUUAUAUGUGUACUGCUAUGACAUUCGUAUGUUAAUACGAUAAAACAGGAUUUUUAACACACUUUAGUUGUAUUUGUGAGUAGCAACAAGAAGUUUUAAUUAUAAAGUUUUAAUUUAAAGGCGUUUUGAUUUUGUAAACUUACAAAACAGAACUCCGAAAGGAUUGAAUUUCUAAGUAAGUUAUUGCUAAAGAAGAAUGCUGAAGAUACCUAAUUACGUGUACGGGCCCAAGGAUACCACAAUCCCUCUAGACGUUAACUUCGGCCAGUUCAUACUGGGAAGAAUGUGGAUGUACAAAGACAGGAUUGCACAGACGAACGGAGCCACAGGCGAAAGUUUUACUUACAAAGAAAUCGUCCAGCAAUCUAUGAAAUUCGCCGUCUCGCUUACUCGGCUUGGCGUGCGUAAGGGAGAGACGAUAGCUCUAUUUUCUGAGAACAGAAAAGAGUAUUGGCCUGCCGUUAUUGGGACGGUGUGUGUUGGCGCCAUUUGUACUACUAUAAGUAGUAUGUAUGCUGAAGAAGAAAUAAAACACGUAUUGCACAUUUCGAAGCCGAAAUAUUUAAUAGUUUCGCCUAAAAUGUACGAAGCGCACGAGGCGACGUUGAAGUUAAUCGAUUCUAUAGAGACAACCAUUUUAUUUGGCGACGAUGCGAAAAGACCCGCUCUAUAUUAUUUCAACGAUUUAGUUGCGAGUGUCGGCUCAGAUAUCGAUGUUGAGAAUUUCAUCGCAGCCGACGUUGAUGUGCACGACGUUUUGUUCAUACUGUAUUCUUCGGGAACCACCGGCAUGCCGAAAGGAGUGACAUUAACUCAUUUAAACGCCAUAGCUGUUUGUUGUAUGCCGGCCAUUCUAGAUCCAGAGCUCAGUAGUCUGAACAUAAGAGGAUGGCACCACAUCUCUGGUCUGCUGGCUGUCUCGGCAGCAAUGGCUUUUGGAAGGAGAGGUCUGUACCUGGAUAAUUUCGAAUUGGAAUUAUUUUUGAAAACAAUCGAGAAAUAUAAGGUAGCUCAGGUGGUCGUGGCGCCUACAGUUCUGGUCGCAAUGUGUAAAAGCGACGCUAAAUACGACUUGAGCUCUUUAAGAUUUAUAUAUUCAUCGGUCGCUCCACUACACAAGGAGACGAUAAGCGCUGCUUAUAAAAAAUUGCCCAACCUUAAAGCCGUCCUCCAGGGCUACGGUUCGUCGGAGACCACGCUGGUCAUCAUCAGAUACACGUACAAAGAUGCGGAUAUAGUCAAGUCCGGCAGCGUGGGACUGGUCGCUCCCAAUUGUAUCGUGAAGGUGGUCGACAUAAAAGAUCAAAGACCCUUAGGACCAAAUCAGGAAGGGGAAAUCUACGUAAAGGGUCCGCUCCUCAUGAAGGGCUACAUGGGGAGGGCCAGGUCCGACGACUUCGAUGACGAAGGCUUCUACAGGACCGGGGACGCGGGCUACUAUGACGAGGAUGGACACUUCUACAUCUGCGACAGGAUUAAGGAAUUCAUCAAAUGCCACGGAUACCAGGUUCCACCAGCUGAAGUAGAAGCUGUGUUACUCCUGCAUGACGCAGUAAGAGAAGCCGGCGUUAUCGGGCUGAAGGAUCCGGAUGCCGGGGAGAUUCCACUGGCCUUCGUCUCUUUACAGCCAGGGAAGGAAGUCACCGAAGAGGAAUUGAAGGAGUUUGUUGCGAAACGGUUGUCUGAUCCCAAACACCUGAGAGGGGGAUUGCGCUUUGUCGAUAGUGUACCGAAGAACAAAAACGGAAAACUGGACAGGAACGAACUAAGGAGAAUGGCUAAUUCAUUAUAAACUAGUGCUCGUCUAAGUGGUCGAAAUUCGAUCUUAUAUUAUUUAAAUUAUAAGUUUGAAUAUUGUUAUGGUUGUACUGUCAAAGAAGGCUUAUUAUACUUAUAUAAUCAGAGAUUUCGCCAAGACUACACUAUAGACAAAUAAUAUUAAAGACGAACAAUAUUAAUCUAUUCUUAAUUUGAUCACAGACUUUAACAAUAACCAAAAGUUUGACAAAAUAUAUAUGUGUUGUCAAAUACACGGUAAUGUGUGUAAUAUUUUUAUUUUAUUGAUUUAAUGUAUUUUAUAUGCUUCAUUAAAAAAAAAUUACCAUCCUGCACUCAUUUUUUCUAUAAGUGUGGAAAAUUUCAUACUCCUCCGUACGCGCAAUUUUCGUAAAAAGGGAUACAAAGUUUUUGCUUCACGUAUUAAUAUAUAGAUAAAUUCAA